AUGGAUUUGUUGGCUGGAUAUGGCAGUGAUAGUGAUGGAGAAGAAGACUUCUUCAAAGAACCCGUAGAAGAUGACGUGGCGGAAGCCGAAACUUCGGAAAAACCAGCGAUUUCGACGGAGAAGGUGGAAACCAAGUCGUUUUUCUUCAAUGAUGCUGAGCCUGGAACUUCAGACGAAGAUGAUAAUGGAGGAAAAGAUGAGGAUGAGGAAGAUGUGUAUGAUCCGCGAAAAUUGGCGCGUAAACGAAAAGCUGUGACAGAGCUGGAGGGCGAUUUUGAGAGCAAGAUUUUUGAUAAUGAUUUUGCGAGAGAGGAACGACUCAAUGCUGAAGCUUUGAGUAAACAUGUGCAAAUGUCUGAUAAACCAGCUGUAAAUGCUCCAAAGAAAUCGAAAUUCACAUGCAAGUAAGUAGGUUUUCUUGAAAUGAAUUUUUGAGAAAAAUCCUGAUUUUUGCAGAGCAUAUCUCAAGGGGAAAUGUCGAUUUGGUGAUCGCUGUCGAUUCGCGCAUCCCGUGCACGAUAGGAAAUCCGAAAUCGUCGAUCAAGUCACAAUUUCUGCCGGCGCCUCGCUUUACACUGAAACUCAAGAAGCGCAAGUCUUCCAUUCCAAGAAAUUCAAAUCCAGCGCUCCUAAAUAA